GCAUUUGACAGUUCUCUUAUCUGUCAGAGCCAGUGCUUGUGUUUGAAAUUGGGACGUGUGAGCUUCGACCAGUUUUAGCUUGAUGCUCAUUUUGGAAGAUUCCUUUCUUGACACACUUUAUUUUGCUGACAGUCUUUCACCACUCUGAACUUGUCGCCGCUUGAGUGGGAGUUUUUCUUCUUCUUUUUUUUUUAGGGGGGGUGGUUGGUUGGUUUGUUUUCGCUCUGCUGUUUACUCAAUUAGGUAGAGGUGCGGUAGAGAGAGAGAGAGAGAGAAAGAGAGAGAGAGAGAGCGAUCUUGCAGCUGUUAGUGUACAGGUCUGGCUUUCUGAGUGUUUCUGAACAGGACAGAGAUUCUCUAACACAGUGAGGAGAGAGAGAGAGAGAGAGAGGUUGGCCUCAGAGUCUCUGUUGUGGGCAUAAACACAGUGUGUCACAGCCAACCGAUCGAUAGCACAGCCUCAUGGGAAAGUAGGACCCCAGGACUUGCGAACAGAUGCCCUUACACAUCCAGAGAAUCAUCGCAGGAGUUCAGAAGGGAGAAGAUCGUCCUUAUGCCAUGAUUCGAAAAGAAACCAAAAGAUAGAGACUCCUGCCUUAGGGCUCGGCUUUGAGAUCCAGGCAAUGUCGAUUCGUGAAGAUCUCCGCAAAGUGAGGAAGAAGGCAUCGUUCUGUGUCACGCACUGGACACAGCAGAACGGCUCCAGCAACACCUCCUCGCACAGGAAAUCACAUCAAGAAGGAGGAAGCAUGAAGAAGACCAGGAGACCGGUGCAGAGGCGGAUGACCUGUCCGAGUCCUCAGGAGAUCAGCCGGGCGCUGCAUAGCCCCACGGUACCUGCGAGUGCCCAUGCUGCCAGUUUGGACGAUCUCAUUCAGCGCUGCCUUCACUGCUUUGACUCUGAAGGGAAGUUAAUCCGAGGCAUGCAGCUGGUCAAUAUGACUCUGAUGAUGCACAACUGGGUUGUGCCUUCACACAUCUUUGCCCAUAAACUGCUCUCUCUAUACAAGGACUGUCCUAUGGAGAAGAGAGCCCAGAGGAGGCCCCAGAUCUGCCAGUUUAUAAGGCACUGGAUAGUCCAUUAUCCUCUGAUGUUUGAGACGGACCCCAGAUUGGAGCAGGUCAUGGGGGAUAUGUGUGCUCUAGUCAGGGCUGAGAAGGACUCCCAAUGCAAGCUGAUUGAUACUCCAUACCCUAAUCCUCCUUCAGAUAUCUGCCUGGCUCCCUCUCCCUCAGUGAAGAAGAGGAAGGUGUCUCUGCUGUUUGAUCACAUGGAGUCUGAUGAGAUGGCUGAGCACCUGAGUUACCUGGAGUUCAAAAACUUCUGCAGCAUUUCAUUCCUAGAUUAUCGCAGCUACAUGGUGAACAAUUCGGUGAGGGAUAACCCGGCGCUGGAACGCUCCGUCAUGCUGUGUAACGGUGUCUCACAGUGGGUCCAGCUCAUGAUUCUCAACAGACACACUCCGCAGCAGAGGGCUGAAGUCUUCACAAAAUUCAUUCAUGUAGCACAGAAACUGAGGUCUCUGCAGAAUUUCAACACUCUUAUGGCAGUCAUAGGCGGUUUGUGUCACAGCUCCAUCUCCCGACUCAAAGACACGGCCAGUCUCCUCUCUUCUGACAUCACCAAGGCGCUGAGUGAGCUCACGGAGUUGCUCUCAUCCUACAGUAACUACAGUAACUACAGAAGAGUGUACAAUGAGUGCAGCGGCUUUAAAGUUCCCAUCCUGGGUGUACACCUUAAAGAUCUUAUCUCACUCAAUGAGGCACUUCCUGACUUCCUGGAGGGUGACAAAAUCAACCUGGGAAAGCUACAGCACCUGUACAGCAACAUUAGCGAUCUGCUGGCGAUCCACAAGUGCAAGCCACCAUUUGAGGCCAACAAAGACCUGCUGCACCUGCUCACGCUAUCCCUGGACCUGUACUACACCGAGGAUCAGAUCUACGAGCUGUCCUACGCCAAGGAACCCAAGAAUCCCAAAAUACAGCCUGUAACCCAAGUGAAGCCCCCUGUGGUAGCUGAAUGGGGUUCAGGUGUUGCUCCACGGCUCGACCCCGACACCAUCUCCAAACACGUCAAGCAGAUGGUGGAUUCGAUCAUGAAGAAUUAUGACCUGAACAUGGACGGCUACAUCUUUCUGGAGGACUUUGAGAAGAUAGCUGCUAACUUUCCUUUCUCUUUCUGCACUCAUGACAGUGACAGGGAAGGAGAGAUUAGCAGAGAGGAGAUCACGUCCUAUUUCAUGAGAGGGAUGUCAAUAUGUGCAAAGCUGGGCUUCAACCUCCACAACCUUCACAACUUCCACGAGAUGACAUACAAAAAGCCCACCUUCUGCGACACCUGCCGAGGAUUUCUCUGGGGAGUCACAAAGCAAGGCUACCACUGCAAAGACUGUGGAGUAAACUGCCAUAAGCACUGUAAAGACCUGGUGACGAUGGAGUGUAUGAAGUUCCAGGUUUCUGGAGGCUCCUGUCCCUGCACUCCAGGUCUGGGACACGGGAUACGGACAAAGGGAAACAGCUGGAGUUCUGAGGAAGAAACAUUUGUGUUUCCUCAUGGACAUGACCACUCUAAGAGUCACACCACUCCGCAGAGCAUUGCGGAGAACUCCUCACUGUCAGACCGUUCCACUCAGACAGACCCGGGAGUUUGGACACCGGUGGCGAACCGCAGAGACCUUCACACUCCCAAAACUCCUUCACUCAUUGAGAAGAGUGCCACACUGCCAAUCAGAAUGAGAGGUUCGUCUGCACCCAGCUCUUUCCUCCAGGAGAAAAUGGAGGAACUCCAGUUAAACAAAGACAAACGCAAGGAGCCUGACUGAACCCAAGACAAAAAAGACUGUGCUUACAUUUAGUAUUUGAGAACUGUUCAAACACACUGAACACAUAUUUCAUUACCAUUAACAAAGAACUGAACUCUGUACACACCUUGUACCGAUGCAUUAAUAGUAAAAAAAAAAAAAAUAUACAA